UCCCAUCACUUUGUGAAUGAGUCUAAGACCUGGACUGAAGCUCAGAGACACUGCAGAGAGAAUUACACUGAUCUGGCCACCAUUGAUAACAUGGAGGAAAUGAACAGUCUGAUAAACACAGUUAAUGGGAGUUAUAAUGGCUCAGCCUGGAUUGGACAGUAUGAUGAUGUGAACAGCUGGAGAUGGUCAUUGGAAAACAAUGAUUUCUAUCAGGAAGGAGAGAGAGAUUUCAGGAACUGGUAUCAUGAACCCAACAAUGGAGCGAAUGAACUGUGUGUUUACAUGGAUUAUAAUGGAAACUGGUUUGAUUCAUCAUGUGAAAGUUAUUACACAUUUGUUUGCUACAAUGGUAGAGAAAACGCCUCUCAAAAGUAUGUUGUGGUAAAUGAGGGUAAGACCUGGACUGGAGCUCAGAGCUACUGCAGAGAGAAAUACACAGACCUGGCCAGUGUGAGAAAUGAGACAGAGCGUCAACAGAUACUGAAUGUUACACGUUAUUAUUCUGGUUAUGGUUAUUAUGUAUGGGUUGGUCUGCACAGAAACAGACUGUGGUCAGAUCAGAGCAGCUCUUCCUUCACAUAUUGGCUGCCAUAGACUCCAGGUGAUAUUGCACAACCAGAUAAUGGUGCAAAUGUCCAAGGACUGCAGGGAGCUCAACACUGCACAGCUGUGUCUCUAAAAUACUUUGAUCAGUGGACGGAUGAAAGCUGCUUUGCCAGUUUGCCUUUCUUCUGUU